AUGGAGACUGCCCAGGAAAGAGAGUUUCGCUCGUUUUUCGGGGUAGAACCUCCGCAGAUGUUCAACGAGGACGUGAGUGAGUUUCUGGGUUUAGACUUGAGCGAUGUCAUGCUGCAGUCGACGAUACAAAUCCGACACAUAAGGUCUCGCUUCGUCAGGCUCCUGGUCAAGCACAUAAUCGCAGUGACCAAAACACACAGGCACGAAGAGUCGGCCGUGGAAGACAUGUCAACCUCACUCCUGGAGCUGUUUGAGUACGAUGGCGACGACAAUUCGGUGCGCAGCAGAUGUACCCUGGAUCUCUUCAUGUCCAACGCCAAAACUCAAGCAACCCCUGAUGUUCUCAUCGAGAGAUUGGACACCGCAAUCAAGCUACUGGUUCAAGAAGACAAAAGCUACGAUGUAGGCCAUCAUCCAGAAGCACAAUUGAUGGCAGAGGCGGUUGCAGCAUACCAGGAGAACAGGCGCUUGUACGAAAGGCUGGGAAGGGAAGAUUUUCCGGACCAGCAGACGAUUCCAGGUAUUGUCAUGCUAGGUACUUGUCCUACCUUUUACGUCAUCCCAAUGACGAAAGCUCUGGCCGACUGUGUGAGAAAUGGAGAUGAGCCCACUCUAGUCACCCGGGUCAAGAAGUAUGUCAUUCCCAAUCUCCCUGCCAACAAAUCCGAUACAAUGCUUUCCAGGCAGCACCGCCAUCACAUUGCUCAGUGCUUGGAGGCAUUCAAAGCCUUCGUUGAGCUGCUUGCUCUUGUCCUGCUUGCUGUCACAAUUGUUUUUCAUGCAAGUGCUGAAGAUUCAGAGGUUGAAGCACUCUUAAGCUUUAAACUUUCUGUGGAUGAUCCUCUUGGGGCACUGAAUAACUGGAAGGCGGGCACAAACGUUUGCCACUGGAUUGGUGUAAGUUGUUCCUCAGUAGGGCGGAUCACUGGCAUACAGAUUGAUUCUCUGUCACUUUCGGGCCUUUUUCCACUUUCAACAAUCCAAGCCCUGCCUCAACUACGCAAUUUGUCUGCUUCGGGGAACAACUUCACUGAGAUCAACAUAUCACCGCAGAAAUGCUCUUUGGAGUUCCUCAAUUUGUCAAGCAACGAUUUCACUAGUCAUUUUCUAGAUAUUCUUUUGGUUACUUGCAAAGGCAUCAGGCACUUGAACCUCUCACACAACAAGCUAAGAGAAAUUUCGCUGAAGGGAUCAAUCGGGCAUGUUAUGGUUUCGGUUGAUUUAUCUCACAACAGAAUCAGUGGCUCGAUACCUGCUUCCUUUUUCGCAUUGUGCAAGAGCUUGCGGUUUCUAGACAUAUCGAGCAAUCAGCUGGUUGGAGGGGUGCCUGAAGAUAUGUUUAUAAACUGCAGAAGCUUACAAGAGCUUUCAUUGUCGUCGAAUAAUUUGACAGGGGAACUUUCUGGUCUACGUUCAUCCAACAGUCUUCAGAAGCUCAACCUGUCUACCAACUUCUUCACAACAUUUCAGAUAGACCACUGUCCUAGUCUGGAGGAGCUGGAUCUCUCGUUUAACAACAUUUCUGGGACAGUUUUUCGGAAGGAUUGUGCUGCUUUGAAGAUGCUCAAUCUAUCAGACAAUCACUUAUCUGGACCAUUCCUCUCGGUAUUUGCCAAUCGAAGUUUAGCUACGGUUUUUAAGUCUCUUCAAGUUCUCCAAGCCGACCACAACAACUUUAUAGGUGAACUCCCUACAGUUCCUCCAAGUCUUAAGGUUCUAGACCUGAGCUGCAACUUGUUCAACACUGGCAACCCAAGCAUCUGCCCUGCAAGGUCCUCACUUAAGUCUUUGCUGCUGGUAUAUAACAGGUUGCAUGGUCGGGUUCUGAACUCAGCCAUGAACUGUGGUAAUCUGGAAAUGCUUGAUAUGAGCAUCAAUUCUCUAGCAGGGCCUAUUCCAGUGGAUAUGUGCAGCAGACUCCCGAAGCUUCAACAUCUUCUUCUUUGGGGGAACAAUCUUGAAGGCAGCAUACCCGCUACAAUCAGCAACUGUAGUGAGCUGGUGACACUAAAUCUCAGUUUUAACAAUAUCACAGGCGUCAUUCCUCAGCAAAUAUCUAGGCUGAAGAAACUCUGCUUGCUGUUUCUGAGCAACAACAUGAUAUCUGGAGCAAUCCCGGCAUCUAUUGGAAGUAUGCUGAGCCUUCGAUCUCUUUUACUGAGUCACAACAAGCUUCAGGGUGGCCUACCAAGCGAGCUGAGGAACAGCAACGUUCUAGUCCUGCUUUUAGUGAACGACAAUCAGUUGACAGGACAAAUUCCAAGCUGGAUCGGCCGCUCAUCAGUAGUGGAAGAGGAUGAAAUAACCGAAAUAACCUUCCCGUUUCUGAUGGUGUUUGCAAUCAACAUAGAGGCAUCCAUCUGCAAAGCUUAUGAGGAGGUUUUCAUACUGCAAGGGAUCCGCUUGGAUGACUUUGAGCAACUUCCGUUUGCAACCAGAUGCAGAAGAUGGUUCUUUCUGGCACCUCCUGGUUUCAACUUAACAAUAUAUAAUCUGGUAAACAGUCCUUUGGCUAUUGAUCUCUCGCACAACAGCUUCACUGGAACAAUCCCAGAGGAAUUCGGUGGCAUGCGAGACUUAAAUGUGCUAAAUCUCGCACACAACUUACUUACAGGGGCCAUUCCUUCCACAAUUGGAAACCUCAAGAACCUGGAGUGGCUAGAUUUAUCACAGAACUGGCUUGAAUCACACAUCCCGGACUCGCUUGGCAACCUCACCUUCCUGAAAUACUUAAACAUCUCGAACAACAAGCUUCUUGGAAGGGUUCCACAGAGUGCUCAGCUUGCAUUAUUCCCGGUGAGCAGCUAUGAAGGAAACCCAGGCCUUUGUGGCUUCCCCCUUGCAGAGUGUGCUGGUUUGUAUAAUCCUUUGCAUGGUGAUCACACAGAUGAAGACAGUGAUGAUGGACAUGGUGAUGAAACGAUUCUGGCUGCCAUUGUUGGUGGUGGUGUUUCAUGCAUACUAUGGAGUUACGCAGUUUUCUUCAGUAAGAGAUGGGAGGCACUGCUUAAACGUUUAAUAUAA